AUGCAAUUUCUGUAUCAAGCUUAGGUUCUGCUUUAUGGAAAAUUUAUUGGUGAUGAGGGUGCAUCAGGCUUAAGCUCUGGUUUAAAAAAGUGCACAAAUCUCUUAAAUUUGACACUUAAGCUUCGUUAUAAUAAAUUUUGUUGUGAUGGAGCAUCAGUGUUAGGUUCUGGUUUAGAAAAGUGCACCAAUCUCUCAAAUUUAAUACUUGAUCUUAAUUGCAAUCAAAUUGGUGGAAUAGGUGCUUCAUGCUUGGGUUCAAGUUUAGGAAAGUGCACUAAUCUUUCAAAUUUGAUAUUAUGUCUUGUUCAAAAUUAAAUAGAUGAUUAAGGUGCAUAAGGCUUUAGUGCUGGUUUAGAAAAGUGCACUAAUCUCUCAAAUUUGACCCUUGAUCUUGACGAAAAUUAAAUUGGUGAUAAAGGUGCAUAAAGCUUAAGCGCUGGUUUAGGAAAGUGUACUAAUCUUUCAAAUUGUACACUUAAGCUUCGUUAUAAUUAAAUUGGUGAUGAAGGAACUUCAGCCUUAGGUUAUGGCUUCGAAAAAUGUACGAAUCUCUCAAAUUUAACACUAAACCUUCGUAAAAAUUAAAUUGGUGAUGAAGGUGGAUCAAGUCUAGGUGCUGGUUUAGAAAAGUGCACUAAUGUCUCAACUUUGACACUCGAACUAUCUAAAAAUUAAAUUGAUGCAAUCGGUGCAUCAGGCUUAGGUCUUGGUUUAGGAAAAUGCUCUAAUCUCUCAACUUUGACACUUGAUCUUGAUAGCAAUUAAAUUGGCGAUAAAGGUGUAUCAAGCUUAGGGAUUGGUUUAGGAGAGUGCAAUAAUCUCUUAAAUUUGACACUUUAUCUUCUUUAUUGUUAAAUUGGUGAUGAAGGUGCAUCAGGCUUAAGUUCUAGUUUAAAAUAGUGCACUAAUCUCUCAAAUUUAAUGCUUGAUCUUAAUUAAAAUUAAAUUGGUGAUCAAGGUGCAUCAAACUUAGGUUUUAGUUUAGGAAAAUGCAUUAAUCUCUCAAAUUUGAAACUAUAUCUUCUCAGUAAUAAAAUUAGUGAUGAAGGUGCUUCAGGUUUAGGUUUUGGUUUAGGAAAGUGCACUAAUCUCUCAAAUUUGACACUUUAGCUAAGUGAUAAUUAAAUUGGUGACGAAGGUGCUUAUGGUUUAAGUUCUGGUUUAGAAAAUUGCAUAAACCUCUAAAAUUUGGAACUUAGUCUUAACAGUAAUAAAAUUGGCGAUGAAGGAACAUCAGGCUUAGGCUCAAGUUUAGGAAAGUGCCCUAAUCUCUCGAAUGUAAAGCUUUAUCUUACCGGGAAUAAAAUUGGUAAUAAAAAUGCAUUAGAGUUAUGUUAUGGUUUAAGAAAGUGCACUAAUCUCUUAAAUAUGAUACUUUAUCUUUAGAGUAACAAAAUCAAUAAAUCGUAAAAAUUGAAAGAAAAAAGGAAUUGUCUUAAAUCAAAAAGAUUAGUAGCCUAUCAAAUAAAUUUCUGA